AUGUCUUUAUCUACUCUAAAUCCACUCCAAUUAUCCAUAUUAGCACCACAGUCUCAACAUCGCUCGCUAUCGUUCCGCAUUCAUUUCACGCUAAUAUUUUACUUCUACAACUUCAAUUGCUUACUCGUCAUUUACGAUGCUAGGAAUCGAGUAGUACGCAAUAUUUCGCACCGUAUUGGGAUACCAUUCACAACUAUCACCAGUAGCUUUCAACCUCACGAGCCCCUAAAGCACCAUGCAAUCGUAUUCGUUAUAAUUGUCUCCACAAUCCUUCUCCUCAUCCUAAUCAUCUCGAUAUUCAUUUUCAAUGCCCGAGUCGAGUUCUCCCGAGAAUUCUGGGACUAUCUCCUCGACUGCCUGAAAACGGCCUGGAACUAUAUCAAUGGGUUUUUCAAAGCAUGCUGGCCCUGUAAGGACAAUAACAUGGACGACGAUGGUAACCCUCUCGCCAACCAAGAAGCCAACGGUGGCGAAUCGGGCAACGACGGUGAGCUAGAUGAACCGCUUCCCGGAUGCCUUGAAAUCGAACUAGAACAUGAAGGACAUGGGUCAGUACAAAGACCUAAUCAUUGCAGCAGCCCCGGCCCUCACGAUUAUUACGCCACCCCUAGCCCAGAUUCCUCCUGGAAUGAUGAAAAUAGCAUCGAGUGUAUCGAUCAAGAUGCCGGCAGAUCUACAAACACACAUCGCCGUCCCCAAGGCCUUGCAUCUGCGAUGAAAGGUAGAAACACUUCAUCACGGCACUUUCAUUUAUAUCGUGGAACCGCAUUACCAGGGAAGAGACAAAUCAAAUUUGCAGCCACGAAAUCUCCACCCAAGAGUGGUCGCAACAGCGCCGCCGCUACAAUCCGCCAGCCUCGUUCUGCUACCGCACCUCACAACACUUUGUCUGAUUUCACAAACACUGAUCUAUCUUUUGGCGAACCCGAUGCGCUUGGUGAUUCAGAUGGAGGUGUUCCGACUGCCUGUUAUCGACGCAUGAGCAAUGACAGCGGCAUUGGAACCAUACCUAUCAGCCGUCUCCAAGACGAAGUUGAAGUCGAACCGAGUUAUUACCCAGAAGCCACGGAAUUCCUAGAGAACGGGGGCUCCCCAACUGAGAGCACUCAUUCAGCCGAGAGUUACGUAUAUCCGAUUCCAGGUCGCCUCUUCGAAUUCGGUCGUCUAAAAUAUGGGAAAGGUUUGAGAGCCUCAAUUCAUACACCGAAAUUAUUAAUCGCGAGAGAGGCAAUGCCGACAGUUCCUGCUCAGGCGGUUGCCGGGGGGGCUUUACUCACUAUUAUCUCAAGGAAAGAUUCACGGUAUUUUGAGGAGGGUGGCGGAGGGAGGCACCUACAGCCAACCGAAGAGACUCCAUUAUUGAGAUCGAAUAGGUUUAUCGCGGCGCAGCGCGGAGAUGGAGGAUCUCAAGAAGAGCAUACUUACUCCAUGGCAGAGGACCUCUGUCGUCCAAAGCAUUUUCUACCUAGGUUAGUCAUGGACAGGUUAGUGGAUAGUGGCCUUUCUGCCAAGGAAAUUUCUCCUUGUGACCAGAAUAUCUACCAUCAUUGUGUUAUUGACGCACAAAUGAAACCAUUAGAAGUAGGCAGCAGAUUACUCACCAGAGGGGAAAUUUUUACACUAAUGGAAGGAAUCAAAGCAAGGGAGAUUCAACCCAAAUAUAUCCUUUUUAAAAUGAUCUCUAACCCUCGGAUACCACUUCAGAAACAAACCUCAGUCAACGUAGACCUCAGAUUCUCUCAGCAACCCUGA